UGUACGCGAGGGCAGGGAUGCACUGAACAAGCCGUGGCCAUAUCUCCCGCCUCACCGUGCUCCCUGCCUAUCGGAAAAACGACACAUUUAAAGCGCGGCGACCAUAUCGCUACCUGGCACUGUCUACGAGCAAUCUGACACGGCGGUCUCGUGUCCUUCCACUUGUCAAGCAACGCCCCAUUCCAACAACGAUUUCCAACAUGGCGAGCUGGAGGUUUACGACGCUCGCGCUACUGCUCAUUGGAGUUCAAUCAGCGCUGUGCAUCGACGAUGUGGAUGAGAAGUGCGACGUGAUUAAGGCUACAACCUGCUACUGGUCUCAGGCCAAGGCUCAUGGUGUCGAUAUCUUGGUUCCAAAAGCGUCUGCAAAAAACUACCCAGAUGACGUGUGCCGCUCAGAGGAAGAACUUCCCGAAGAUUCUGUGUGCGAGGAAUACUACAGCGCUUGCAAAGCACCCGAACGGGAACUUUUCAAACACAAGGAGAAAGGAUACGCUUCGCUGCGCUUCCUUCUUCUCAACAAGACGAUGUGCGAAGGUGUGAAGAAGCUAGAAUUCUGCAUCCGCAAAGAGAACAUGAGCAACUGCAACGCUGGGUUCUCAAGCCUCGACUACUCUAUCGAGAACGCUGAGAAGAACGAAAUGGCUGCCAAGAAUCUCAGCGAUUGCCUCGAAUACGCAUUAAGACCCUGCCUUAUUGCGAAAGCGGUUACCCUCUCGAAGUACAUGAAAGAAUUGGCCACUGCCAUCAACGACCUGUUCAAGGUUCCGAAGCAUCCCCCGCCGACAACGACAACCUCGGAGCCCUCAACUGUCACCGCCUCCACAACACACAGGCCCAUCACACCCACAACCGAACAGCCUGUCACUACACCGACCCACGAGCCUGUGACUCAUACAACCGGGGUGCCUCCAACCACGUCAGCUCCGCCUAGUGCGGCUUCGACUUCGCAAACGGUUGGCGCUUUCGGCGUCGUUGCUCUGGCAUGGCUUGUGCAGGCUGCGUGA